CUGCUAAACGUCCCCAUGGGCUUUCAGGGGCCAUGGUUGCAUACUUGUCUCCUUUGGGCCACAGUAGCCAGCCUGCUGGUCCCUCCAGUGGUGACCCAGGAGCUGAGAGGGGCUGGGCUAGGCCUCGGCAACUGGAACAACAAUGCAGGCAUCCCUGGGUCUUCAGAGGACAUGUCAGCUGAGUUUGGCCACCACAUCCACAGCCAUGGGGGCCAUCGAGAUGAGAAGGAUAGAGAUCACAGAGAAGAGGGUGAGGAUUUCUCCAGGGAAUAUGGCCACCAGCUCCAAGACCACAGGUACCCUGGUCACGAGGUUGGAGAGGAGAAUGUCUCUGAAGAGGUCUUUAGAGGGCAUGUUAGACAGGCCCAUGGGCACGAUAAUGAAGAUUUGGGGGACUCAGCAGAGUCUGAGAACCACUUCCCCAGACAGAGGAGUCACAGCCUUGACGAUGAAGAUGAGGACAACAUUUUCUCCAGUGAGACUCGCCAUCACAUCGCCAGCCAUGUUCACCACGGCCAUGGAGGGGCAGAUGAUGAUGGAGAGCAGGAGGAGGGGGUGGGAGUGGAGGAGGACUCUGAUGAUAAGCACCAGGCCCAUGGUCACCACAGCUACUCAAAGGAAGGAGAUGAAGCGGGUUCAGAUGAACACCAUCACGCCCACAGCCACAGACAUGGAGGCCACAAAGAUGGAGAUGAAGAAGAUGUUGACUCCAGUGAAUCUGGACACCAGGCCCAGGGCCACCAAGGCCACAAAGAUGAAGAAGAUGAAGAAGAGGAUGAUGAUGAUGACUCCACUGAGCGUGGGCACCAGACCCAAGGCCACAGAAAGGAAGAAGAUGAGGAUGAGUCAGAUGAAGACCAUUAUCACAUCUCCAGGCCUGGACACCGAAGCCAUGAUGAUGACGAUGACGAUGAUGAUGAUGAUGAUGAUGAUGAUGGCGGCUCCACUGAGCGUGGGCACCAGGCCCACAGACACAGAGGUGAUGAGAAGGAAGGUGAUGAGGAUGACUCAGAUGAAGACUACCAUCGUGUCCCCAGCCAUGGCCAUCAAAGUCACCAAGAUGAGGAAGAGGAAGAAGAGGAAGAUGUAUCCAGUGAACACUGGCACCAGUCUCCCAGACAUACUCACCGUAGGCUCGGAAGUGAGAGUCAAGAAGAGGAGGUAACAGUCAAGUUCAGCCACCAACCCCAAGGCCACAAGUCUGACAAGGAGGAGGACUUCCCAGAAGAAUAUAUGACAGAAGUCCCUGGCCAUCACCACCACAGAGUCUCCAGGGAGGGAGACAAGGACAUUUCUGCUGAGUUAGGCCACAAGGACCCCAGCCACAGGCCACAAGAUCAAGAUGAACAGACUAGCCAGGGUCACAGAGAGUCUGUCCAAGGUGACAUUGGUCAUCAGCCCCUGCAGCCCACAGGGGCUGGUUCUGAAGAAUCAAAGAAGGAAGUUGACCAUAACUCUCAAGAGGGCGAUGAAGACUCAGGGCAGAGCAAAGGAGCCCACAGCGAGGAGGAGGAGGAGGGGGAGGAGGAGGGGGGGGAGGAGGGGGAGGAGGAGGAGGAGGGGGAGGAGGGGGAGGAGGAGGAGGGUCAUGGCCUCCCCAUGAGCCAGGAAGAUGAGGAAGAGGAAGAAAAAGAUGAGAAAGAGAGCAGAGAAGACAGAGCUGAGGUUCAGACUCCCCUGAGCCAUCACAGAAAGCAGGAGGAGGAGGAGUCUGAGGAGGAGGAGGAGAUCCUGGAAGAAAACCUGCUACCUUUCACCAUCAUCCCAAACCCCCUGGCUGGGAGGGAGGUGGCCAGAGAGGGCUCCAGUGAGGAGGAGAGCCGUGAGGUCACAGGUCAGCACGACGCCCAGGAGUACGAGAACUACCAGCCAGGGUCCCUGUGUGGUUACUGUUCUUUCUGCAAUAGAUGUACUGAAUGUGAGAGCUGUCACUGUGAUGAGGAGAACCUGGGGGAACACUGUGACCAGUGUCAGCACUGCCAGUUCUGCUACCUCUGCCCACUGGUCUGUGAAACGCUCUGCACUCCAGGAAGCUACAUCGACUAUUUCUCCUCCUCCCUGUACCAAGCCCUGGCUGACAUGCUGGAGACUCCAGAGCCCUGACCUGGCCACAGCUGUCGCAGAUGCACCUCCCCUGGACGGCCCACCUGACAAGAGCUCUGAAUAAACACGCUCCUGGAAACAUCAGUGUCCCGAGUGAGAUGUGGCCUGCGGGGAGCGGGGGGCGGGCAGGGCAGAGGGCAGG